AUGAUGAACUCCGUGCAGCCCGGCGACACAAGCAGUUUGGCUGAGCCAGUCAAUCGAGCUUUGGUAUAUGGCGUCAAUGGUGUUGUGAUGGUCAAGGCUGCCUCUUGCUCUACGUCCACAAUCUCCACCGACACGGUUUCCACGACCGUUAUGACCUUCCCUAAUCCAACCGCUUCAAACAACACUCCCUCCUUCGGGCCACUUUCUAUGCCAGCCAACACUCAGGAAGUUCAAGCUAGCAGCUUUAUUUCUGGUGGUCACCUGCUCCGGCAUCGGGGCCAAAAGAGUCGAAGUGAAGAUUCACCACCGGCAGAGGUGACUGUACUACCGAAUGGUAUUGGCUCUCCGGAAGACCCUAGAGCUCCGAUGCCAAGGGAACUGCUUCGAGAGCCCCCGAUUAUACUUCCUAAGCGAUAUUUGUCUUCGGGUAAGACUUUUAUACUCAUAACUAUGCUCUAG